UCAUUCUUAUCUUCGUCCUCGUUCCACUCUCGCCCUGUGAAACAAUGUCUGUUCAACUUUGGGAAACCUUAAGAGAAUCGAUAACAGAUCUCUCUCCGGCUACUUUCUUUACAGUUGUUGCUGUGGGCCUUGUUCUAUACUACGCAUUCUCAAGUCUCUUCAGCUUCGGGUCAUAUGACGAUGCCCACUUCCAGCAAACGUCAGAUGAGAAAAUGCGGCCUCUGCGCCCUCCUGUUCAGCUCGGAGAAAUCACUGAAGAGGAGUUGAAACAGUAUGAUGGGUCUGAUUCUGAGAAGCCGUUGCUCAUGGCUAUCAAGGGUCAGAUCUACGAUGUUUCGCAAAGCAGGAUGUUUUAUGGUCCCGGUGGACCUUAUGCCUUGUUUGCAGGGAAGGAUGCUAGUCGAGCUCUAGCAAAGCUGUCUUUCGAUGAAAAAGAUCUCAACGGUGAUCUAACCGGUCUAGGCUUUUUUGAGCUCGAUGCCUUACAGGAUUGGGAAUACAAGUUCAUCACCAAAUAUGUUCAGGUAGGAACUAUUAAGAGAACUGAGCCGGCAAGUGAUGGCGAAACCAAAGAUCAAGCGACAGGGGCUGCUGAACAUGAUGCUGCUAGGUCGACAGAAGCUGCCAAUGGGGAUUUCAGUAAAUCUGCUAAAGAUGUUCCAUCAGAGAGUGGUGCAAAGGAACCUGUGGAAAGGUGAAUCGAACCCAUGUUUGAGAAUUUAUCCUAGGAGAACUGAUGAAACCAUGUGAAACCUUCAUGCCCGGUUGGUUCUAUAUGUUUAUCCCAAAAUAAAGAAACGAGCGCUGAAUUAAUGACCAGGGUGAGCCAAUUUACAUGGAAAUGCCAUUAGAUCAAAUUUUUGGCUGCCUUGAUUCAUAAUAUUUAGUGUAGUAAACUGACAUAAUCAACUUGUUUGAAUAUCCAGUUUGUUAUAUUAAACAAUGAUGUAUCUUAUUAUAUCCAUGUAAGAAUGCUUAUUUUGUAUAAUAUAUUUUUCCAAGGAGA